AUGCCGGUAUUCGCGUGGUUGAUUUUCGCUACCGUUACCUUGAGCUAUGGUAAGUCAGUGCAAGCCUGGCCAUACCGAUACGAAAGGGACUACGUACAUAAGUCACAGAGUUAGCACUUUUUCAUUUGCUCGGUGACAACUGUUUGUCCAACAAUUCUAAUUCUGAUUUCAUUUCAGGUAGUCCUUUCGAGGAGGACUUGUGUUAUCGUGGUUCCAGUCAAUCCCCGAUCGACAUUACAACGGACCAUGUAACCUACACAACCCAUGACCCUUUGAAUUUGGUAAAUUUCAACAGUACGGGCCCCGUGAUGCUGGAAAACCAAGGCCACACACGUAAUUUUAAUCCCAACAAAUGAUGUUCUGUUUUCAGUUGCAAUUACUGGGUUCCCCAAGUGGAAGAGCCAGCCGUACAUCUUUGAUGGACUUGAAAAUUCAACAUCGCCGAGAUAUUACUUGGACAAUAUUCAUUUACAUUGGAGUGACAGAUCGUGGACGGGGAGCGAACAUCGGAUUAACGGAGUGCAUUUUGCUGCCGAGGUAAGGGUAAUGCGCAUAUUAUAACAUGAAUUUGAGGUUCAUUACGUGUUUGUCGGUGAGCCUAAUGUACAAGGAUCCAAACCAAAGCAUGUUAUGGCCGUUUUGCUACGGGAAUCGUCUACUAGUGGGGUGUUAUGGGACUUGGAAAGACAUUAUCAGCAUGUCAUGAAUAAAGGUGGGUGGUUAAAAAAUCUUGCAUUUUGAGAAGGAUUUACGUCGUUAGAUCUUGGAAAAAACAGGAAAAAACCAGAAAGCAUUACCUUUAUUUAAGCGAGUCUAAUCUUAAAAGUUUCCUCACUUUUUAGAUGAAGAACUCCUCAUACACAACGGCACAACGGCAAUGACCUUUUUGCCGCACAAACUCGACCAUUUCUACCGCUACGUGGGAUCGCUGACUACUGCUCCUUGCACCGAAGGCAUUAUUUGGACUGUGUUGGCAACGCCGGCCAAGAUUCUUAUUCAUCAGGUAAGGCGAUUAUAUACGAUAAAGCUGUUUUAUUUUAGCUGAAUGGCCUUCGAAAGAUUCAAAUCGAAAACCAACUUGGUGAUAACGUUGGGAAUUCUCGAGGGACGGUAGCGUUGAAUGGCCGGCCGAUCUAUUUUAGGAUUUGA